CUUCAGUCUGAGUCAGUGAGAGAGAGAGAGAUGAAGGUGUGCUGUUUUCUGCUGUCGAUCGCCCUCAGCUGCUGCGCUGCAGGUCAGUCCGACAGUUUUAACGUUUUUAUUUUCCGUCUGUUUUUAUCGUAAACUUUCUCUUCUUCUUUAACUCUUUUUAUGUUUUUACUCUUCAUGAUGAACUUUCUCUUCGUUUUCAUAAACUUCCUUUUUUAUUAUUUUUACUUCUUCUUUUUAUAAAUAAUGUUAUUUUAGCUCUUUAUUCAUCUUUAUCAGCAGUUAUCUCUCUCAAAUACUGACUUUAUUUUUAACCUCUCACUUUAACAAGGACUUUCAAAAUAAUUCAAACAUUUUUAAUCAGGGAAAUUAAACCACAGAACAGCCUUUCACAAUAAGAGACUGUACCAUAACUGAAAUAAAGUUUGUCGACAUUAUCAGAAUUAUGUCUUCGAUAUUUGAUUAAAUCAUCACAGCUGUACUGAAUAAAAACCUUAUUAUAACCAGUUAAUUACAGUGUUUCUGUCGUUAAGAGUUAAUUACUGAGAGGGAUAUUAGGAGUCAAUUAAAUUUGUUUAUAUCAAAUAUUAUAACAGUUUAUAUAAUAUAUUUAUGAAGUAAUUUCAACUGUGUUUAAUUAUUAAUGAAUCUGAUGUUCAUGUUGAUUUAUUGACAUUAAAAACAUGAAGUGCUGCAGGAGUGUGAAGGUGAAGGAAAUGGCGGCUCUUCUGUGUUAAAUUUAAAUAAACACUCAGUUAUUAAAAUUCAAAUGUAUUCAAACCAUUUCUCACAAUACAUUUCUGUUAUUUUAUAUAGAUUUGUUUAAAGUUACUCUCUGGAUAUACAGUUGUUUUUUUUUGGUCUUAAAACAUUUGUGUAAAUUAAAUAUUAUUUUUUAACAUAACUUUUUUCUAUUUAUCAACAUUUUCAGUCAAAAAGCUGGAACCAUGAAGACGUUGUUUUAUUGGAUUAUCUGGAUAAAUCUGAAAAUAUUUACUGAUUAAUCUUUAUCUAAUAGAGUUAUUUCUGAAUUUGACAAUUUUCUGGUUAUUAGAUUAAAAAAAAAUUUGUGCUUUAAGAUAGAAAAACAAGUUUAAACUUUAUCAAUAAUUGUAAAUAAACAGGAAAUAAAUUCAACUGAGAUAACUCAUUUUUAAUAAUACAAUGACACAACGUCAACAAAAUUAACAAAGUAAUAUCAACGAAAUUAACACAGUAACAUCAACAAACUACAAAGUAACGUCAACAAACUACAAAGUAAUGUCAACAAAAUUAACAAAGUAACAUCAACAAACUACAAAGUAACGUCAACAAACUAUAAAGUAACGUCAACAAACUACAAAGUAACGUCAACAAACUACAAAGUAACGUCAACAAACUACAAAGUAACGUCAACAAACUACAAAGUAACGUCAACAAAACUACACAGUAACGUCAACAAACUACAAAGUAACGUUAUUCAAACAACAAUAACGUCUAAAACUUUUGUGUAACAAAUCCAAUCACCCUCAUCACACCUUCCUUUGUUACCACGGCAGCAGCUCGAUGUCGGUCUCUGUCACAUUGAGGGCUAGUAUUAUGGGAUGUCUGUGGGCAUGACAACAUUUUGCCAUAGUAACCAGUUUGUUCACCUCACUGACCGAGUUUCACGGAGAAGAAGUGAGACGAGGAAGUAGGGACCCUAACACACACACACACACACACACACACACACACACACACACACACACACACGCCUACAUAUAGUGUGUGUGUGUUUUUGUGUGUGUUUGUGUGGUUUCUGGAAGAAAAUGUGUUUCCUGACUGUCUAAGAUUUCACAAAGUCAGACCCUCCUAUUUAAAACACACACACACGCACACACACACACACACACACACACACACACACACACACACACACACACACCAUCAGCUCAGGUGUAUUUAGGAGAAACUCCAGUCAGUGAAUCUGAACGACUCUCUGCAUGUUCAUUAUGAUAAAAGUGUGUCGUCUGUGUAAACCCGAACAUUUGUCGGGUUUUAUCUCGGAUUAUUUACAGACAUAUCAAAUGAAAUCAGGGCUGAUGUCGUACGGAGGAUGAAAAGAGACAGGAUGAAAUAUAUAAACACAUCUCUAAAUAAAUACUUGAAUGUGAAUUUGUUCAGAUAUCAGUUCUUUCAGUGUAAAAUUACAUUAUAUUGUUUCACUCUUUGAUUGAUUAUUGAUUAUUUUAUGGAUCAGUGUAUGAAUUUAUUUUAUCUGUCAAACUCACCCAUCAAAGUCAGGAGGCGGGGCUUAUGCUGAUCUAGUGUGAUCCAUGAUUUUAAUUUGUAGCCUGAAGUUUUUCAAAAUAAAAGCCUCUGAGGAUACGCUCCGACUGUCUCACGAGUUGGUUAUUGAUAUUUUUGAUCUUGCAGAGUUUGAGGAAGUCUUCAUCCAAAGGUCACAAAGGUAGAUGUGUGAGCACGUUCCUGCGCACCGUGCCGCACAUGUAGGCCGAUCUCUCUUCUCCUGUAAUUGUAGAUUAUUGUGUGUCUCAUCUCCGGUGUGUGAGAUUUACUUUGUAAAUGUUCGUCGUUCGUUAAAUGAAGAGUUGAUGUCGGCUGACCUGGAACCUGCUGGAAUUAUUGGAGUUAUUCUCCUACCGAGAUAUUCCCCGUAGAGUGAUCACAGCAAUCCAACAAAAGGAGCCAAUCUGUCUUAAAUGAUGUGCCGAGUAACCAAUCAGGUGUUAGGAUCCGCCCACUGACUUUGAUGGGUGAGUUUGACAGAUAAAAUAAAUUGAUGAAGCUCUGAAACACCGCUCCAUGAAAUCAUUGAAUAUGAUUUUACAUUGAAUGAACGGGUAUUUUAAUAAAUUAAUGACAUAUUUAAUGAGGUGGAGCCCUGUGUCAGACCUGUAAGGACAGAUAUCUGACGGACCGUCAUGGCUGAGGCACAGAGAUCAAUCAGAACGAUCGAUUGAUGAUUAUUGGGCUGUUUUUGUUUUUGAGCUCAAACUCAUUCCUCUGAAAAUGUCACCGUCAACAGUGUCUGUUUGUUUGUUUCUGCGCUGAAGUCGCACAUUUCAACAUGGAGCUCUGACUUACUGAAGAGCGCCUCUACUGGUCAGGAGGAGAACUGCAGCAUUUUUGUACUUCAUCUGUAGUUUGUCAGUCCUCGAUGUUUUAUGCUCCAAAUAUUGAAAUUACUGUGAGGAAGUUUCAGAGAUUUAGACGUUUACUGAGAUUUAAUGAUGGAGGAAAAAAUAUUUAAAAUUACAUUAAAAAAAAACUAUAAAACAAGUUUAAAAGAGUUUCAGGAAAAAUGUCUGAACUUUGACUCUGUUUCAUCCAGGACUCGAGAAAAAUACACACCCUCACACACACACACACACACCCUCACACACACACACACACACACACACACACACACACACACACACACACCCUCACACACACACACACACACACACACACACACACACACACACACACACACACACAAGCUUGUUUCACUUCUUGUUCUGAUUGUGAAACUCCACGAUGAUGAUGAUGAUGAUGAUGAUGAUGAUGAAGAAGAAGUCGUCUAACCGUCACAUGAAGCUUCAAAACAAAAACUGAAGAUUUAAUUUCAUAAAAGCUGAAAAUUUGUCAGUUUAUAAAAUCUGAUUCAUUUAUUUUAAACUGUGAAGGAAGAAGAAACUCACAUGAUUUUCAAAAUAAAAGAGUUAAACAGUUUGAAUAUGAAGCCUGUGAGGAGGUCGAACCCGGGCUUCUCUCUCCUGCAGGUACAAACUCACUCAACUUUAUUUAUAAAUCAGUUUAAAACAACCAGAGCUGAACAAAGUGCUGAACAUAAACAGACAAACAACGCAGACAUAAAAACAAUUUAAAAACAAUUAAAACGAUUAAAAAACAAUUAAAACGAUAAAAUAAAAGCAGAAUUAAAAAGUAAAAAAUAGUUUCAAUGUUUUUAGAAACUAAUUAAAAAACAUAGAAACUAAAAACUAAAAACAAACAUAAAACACUGAAACAGGAGCCGAGUCUCAUGAGUAAAAAUGGUUUUAAGACGAGUUUUAAAAAUGGACAGUGUGGGGGGGUUUGUCUCGGUCCACACAGAGAAAGAUCGAACCCCUCUGAGCUUCAGUUUGGACCUCGGUACCUCCAGGAGCAGCUGAUCAGCUGACCUGAGGCAGCGGGCGGGCGAGCGAGCGAGCGGGGGUGUAGGGGUGGAGAAGGUCAGAGAGGUCAGAUGGAGUCAGACCGUUUAAAGAUUUAGAAACUAAAGAAUCUGAAAAUGAAGAAUCUAAAAAGGCCAGGAUGGAGGAAUGUGCUCCUCUGACGGAGUUCAGAGCCAGGUUGAAGCUGAUUGGCCGAGAGUCCUGUCAGUCAAAAAAUAAAAAAAACUCUAACUAUUAUUUAAAACGACUUAAAUAAGACUUUUAUUCUGAAAAACUGCAGGAAGGGGAAUUCUGUCAAACUGAAGUUUUGACUUCAGGAUCUUCACUGCAGGUGAUCACCAUGACGACAAACCUGCUGCCAUGACGAUGGGCGUGGCCCAGUCACCUGAGCAAGCUCCUCCCCCUGGAGAGCAGCAGGAGGCGUCAUGGAGACAGGAAGUUCUGGACCUGGUUAAACAGCUGGUCCAGGUCCAGAAGGAGGUCGCUCAGGGCCAGGCCCAGGUCAUCCACCUGCUCGGCAUGCUGGGAACUCAGGUGAGUCAGGACCAGUUCGACUCUGUUUUCGGUGAACUAGAUCAGGUUCAUGUUGGACUUAACUAGGAUCAGGUCUGAUCCAGAUUAGUUAAACCUGAGUUUACUUUGAGGUUUUUCCAACCGUCAGACUCUGUGAGGGAACAUACAGACGACCUUUGACCUUUGCUGGUUAAUGUUUGGUGACCUCGGCAGAUGAAUUAAUUUACAGACGAGCGGCUGAGUUUAAGUUUAAAGUUAGACUCCAGUUUAGUUUAAGAUUCAGGAUCAUUUACAGAUCCAGACUGAACCGGGUUUAAACGGACCUGAACUUUAGUACCUGUACGAGUCAGGAACUGUUUGGUCACACGGUCACAUGAUCACAUGGUCACACGGUCUCACCUGGACAGGUAACCUCUGAGCUGAGUUCUGCUCUUGUUUCUUCAGGGUUCUCAGCAGAUCCAGGAUCUGCAGAAUCUGGCCCGUCAUCAGAGUCUCCUGGUGGAGAACCAUCAGGCGUUACUGCUGCAGACGUCACGCAUCGCCACCCAGCUGCAGGACGCCAUCAAGAAACCAGCUCCUCCCCCCAACAGCGCCCUGGGCCAAUGAGAGCCUCAGCUUUAGUACAGGCAGCCAAUCAGAGCCUCCGCCUGUCUGAAGGUCGAUAUGAUGGACGGCGGUCUAUCAGUGAUGACAUCACAGGAUUUAAAUCUGAAUGAUUUCUUCUUCUGUGGUUUAAAUAAAGUCGUGUGACAUCAUCAUCAUCUGACCAAUGGCUGAGUGUCUUUCUGUUCACAUUAGGGGGGGGUUCAGAGACAGACCCUCACUGUGACCACGCCCAUGGUUACAUCACCGUGGGUGGGCGUGGUCAGGGGGAUGACAUCACAGUGACCCGUUUUUGAGUCUGUUUCCUGUUCUGGUCUCUCAGAUCCUCCCUGGAUCCGUCUGAACUCGGACUUCCUGCCGAACCAAACCGAGCUGGUCCUGACUGCAGGCUCCGCCUUCACUCUCAGUUGCCAUGGUAACGGUUCUGUCCAGUGGACCAGCACGGCGUUCCGUCUGCUGUACCAGAACCCACCGCCAAACCCUCUGAGGGUCCAAAAGUCUGAGCCCAGAUACACGGGGACGUACUCCUGCGGGUACACCAAUCAGAGCCUGGAACACCGGGUCACAUGGGUUCACCUGUACGUCAAAGGUGAGGUCACCUGAGGCCACGCCUCCUCCACAGGUAUGAAGAGUAAGAGGAGAAACACGGGUUCGCUAGAGGGUCCAGACCAGAGACAGACCGGGGACAGACCGGGGACAUGUCUGAGGGGACGGGAGAAGGUUAGAGAGGAAAUGAUGUCAUAACCAUGUCCUCUAUGUCCCAUGAUCCUCCUCUCUCAGAUCCAGCUGACCCCUCCUCCGUGUUCGUCACUCCUCGUCGUGUCCCUGAUGUCAAAGAGGGACAGGACUUCCUGUUUCGGUGUCUCCUCACUGACCCGUCUGUCACCAACCUCACCCUCCAAUCAGAGGAUGGACAGGGCAGGGGGCGGGGCCUGCCUUCAGGUAUGAAUGUGACCUUUAACCCUAGGAUAGGAGCCCUGAUCCUGGACCUGCAGAGAUCCUUCAACGGGCGCUACGUCUGUUCAGGCUGGAGGGACGGACUGAGGUUCAAGUCCAGAGACCUGGACCUGAUGGUGGUCCCCAGUAAGACAACCUGUCUCACCUGUCCGUCUCACCUGUCCGUCUCACCUGUCUGUCUCACCUGUCUCACCUGUCUGUCUCACCUGUCUCACCUGUCCGUCUCACCUGUCUGUCUCACCUGUCUCACCUGUCCGUCUCACCUGUCCGUCUCACCUGUCUCACCUGUCUCACCUGUCCGUCUCACCUGUCUCACCUGUCCGUCUGUCUUACCUGUCUCAUCUCUCUCACCUGUCCGUCUCACCUGUCCGUCUCACCUGUCUCACCUGUCCGUCUCACCUGUCUGUCUCACCUGUCUCACCUGUCCGUCUCACCUGUCCGUCUCACCUGUCUCACCUGUCCGUCUCACCUGUCUCACCUGUCCGUCUCACCUGUCUGUCUCAUCUCUCUCACCUGUCCGUCUCACCUGUCCGUCUCACCUGUCUCACCUCUCUGUCUCACCUUUCUGUCUCUCACCUGUCUGUCUCACCUGUCUCACCUGUCUGUCUCUCAUUUGUCUCACCUUUCUGUCUCUCACCUGUCUGUCUCACCUGUCCGUCUCACCUGUCUCACCUGUCCGUCUCACCUGUCUCACCUGUCUCACCUGUCCGUCUCACCUGUCCGUCUCACCUGUCUCACCUGUCCGUCUCACCUGUCUCACCUGUCUCACCUGUCUGUCUCACCUUUCUGUCUCACCUGUCCGUCUCACCUGUCUGUCUCACCUGUCUCACCUGUCCGUCUCACCUGUCUCACCUGUCUCACCUGUCCGUCUCACCUGUCUCACCUGUCCGUCUGUCUUACCUGUCUCAUCUCUCUCACCUGUCCGUCUCACCUGUCCGUCUCACCUGUCUCACCUCUCUGUCUCACCUUUCUGUCUCUCACCUGUCUGUCUCACCUGUCUCACCUGUCUGUCUCUCAUUUGUCUCACCUUUCUGUCUCUCACCUGUCUGUCUCACCUGUCCGUCUCACCUGUCUCACCUGUCCGUCUCACCUGUCUCACCUGUCUCACCUGUCCGUCUCACCUGUCCGUCUCACCUGUCUCACCUGUCUCACCUGUCUGUCUCACCUUUCUGUCUCACCUGUCUGUCUCACCUUUCUGUCUCACCUGUCUGUCUCACCUUUCCGUCUCACCUGUCUGUCUGUCUGUCUGUCCUCAGGACUUCGUGGCCCCCCCGCUCUGUCUCUCUCU